UAUGCAACUCUCUCAAUAACUCUCUCCCAUUCUCAACCAUGCCAACAUUUGGGAAGAGUGCUAAGUACUAAGCAACGAAUUUGAAAAUCAAAACAAAAAAAUUCCUGAAGCAUUGAAACCCCCAAAAAAUUGGGGAGGUGGUACUAGAAAAAAAAAAAAAACAAAAGAAAACGAAAAACAUAUGUUUCCAACGAAUCUUCAACUCGAAAAGGAGAAAAGAAAGCAAAUCCCUAUACUUUUACGAUAAAUAAUAAGAAAAACAACUUCCUAGAAACUGUUGGUAACGACAAGAAGUCGACUCUAUGAUAAUUGAAAUCGUUUAAGGGUCGACUAAUGUAAACGUUUCGUACUUUGCUGCCAAGAAAACGUCUUUAAUUUCGCCGGUUUAUUGACAACUGUUUUAUUGUACUCUAAGAACACUCUGUGAACACAAAAACCAGCAAACAAAUUUCGCUUGCCAAGUAUCCGAAAAAAAACAAGGGCGGCAUUGUUAAAAGUGUAUGACGAAAAACAGCCAAAAAGUCUUUCGCGUCUGUGUUGUCACCGUAACUUCGUGUUGGUUGCCACCACCCACGCCUACAGCUACUGCUAUUAUCCCUGUAGGCUCUCGUCCUUUUCUCCUCCACACUACCACCACAUUUCCUUCCGCAAUAUUCGUUUACUUCCGCUCCUUUUUUGUGGUUGCAAUUUGUGGCUGAAAUGCAUUUCCGUUUUUAUGCGGCGGCGGCAGCAGCAAAAAUAAAUGCAUUUGGAUUUUGAGGAUAUUAUCGAAGGGGAAACAAUUUGCGCUCGGCAACAGUAGCAGUAUACGGAAUACAUACCUAAGCCUAUUUACAUUGAUGGCAAAUGAAGUGGCUUAGCGUAAACAAAAGACACCAAAUUUCUAAAGCCAAACGAAAUAUUUUUAUAAUCAAAAACUUUUGAUCUGAAAAACUACCUAAAUGUCCGACGAAGUGCCUUCGGGGAGAUUAUCUCAAAUCUUUGAUCCCUUGACAAAUCUGCAAGAGCCCAGCACCUCACAGCAUCAUCAACAACAUCGCCAUCACCAUCAUCAUCAUCAUAACCAGCAGCAGCAAUCCUCUCAUUAUCACCAACAACAGCAGCCAUACUCUCUAGCAAGACGAAGAUCUAAUUCUUCUUCUCCCUCGCCCUCAACCUCGGGCCGAGCUACUCCAGCAUCAUUGGGAGCUACCAGUGUAGGCAGUGGUGGCAGCAGUGGUAGUUCUCAUCACCAGCAACAACAAGCGCAACAACCAUUCCAGCAACAUCAACAAAGCUAUCAAUACCUAACCCAAACACACAAUUAUUUUCUGCGCUCACAAGAUGGCGUUGCCAGUACUAGUGGUGGUGGUGGUGGUACAGCUGUGCACAACUAUUUGCACACCUUUCCUUCGGCCGCCAAUCAACAAAGUCAUUACUUUCAGCAACAACAAUAUCAACAACAAUAUGGGGCAGCUUAUCAGCAACAACAUUUGAUGUCUCCCUAUGUGCAGCAACAGCAUCCACAAUACCAACAACAUACACAACAGCAACAACAUUCUCUGCCACCCCUAUAUGCCACCUCACAUUCUUUGAACUCUUCACCUUUGUUGGCCAAAAGAGCCAUUUCGUUUAGUGGCAAUAUGCCUUUGAGUCGCCAGCAAAUGGAGAGCUGUGGCAGCAGUGGUGGAAGCAAUGCAAAUGCUGCUGCUUUACAACGCACUCAAGUUACAGCACAAUCAACACCCAAUAGUCCACGUUUAAUGCCAAGGCGUACGCAGAAGCCACCACCCAUACCGGCUAAGCCCACGGGAAAUGUAUCGGGAAGUAGUGGCUCAAGUCCAAAGGAUCCGGGGCAAGUAAAUCCAGCCUCCUCUUUGGAUGGUUCCGAUGCUCCAUGGCCGCAUUUUUCAGCCUUAACUGAGUACUUGGAUGUACAUCAGGUUAAUAACUAUUCGCAGGGAGUACCAGAGAUCAAUUGGCAAGAACGUUGCUUGGAGCUGCAACUGGAAUUACAUCGCUCCAAGAAUCAAGCAGGUCGUAUACGCGAUAUGUUAAGAGAAAAGCUGCUGGAGUUGGAACAAAGAGUGAUAGAAGCCGAGGAGAGAGCAGAAGAAGCUGAAGAUAAGGUGCGGGCUAUGGAACAAAGGUUGAGUGAAUGGCCUAAACCACCAACCAAUACAGCCAACACCAAUUCAACCAAUCACCAACAAGGCCCCAAUCAACAACAAGCUCAGCAACAACAACAACAACCUCAAACUCCAGCCAAUACAUCACCAAUAACUGCCAGUCAACAGCAACAAUCCACAAGUCUUCCAGCACACCCCGAAGCCGAGAAAGUCAUCACUUCUCUGGAAAUUCAAGUCGAGGAACAACGUCAAUUACGUCUACAGGACGCCCGACAAAUCGAAGCGAAGGCGGCCAAAAUCAAAGAGUGGGUAAACAAUAAACUACGUGAUUUGGAGGAACAAAAUGAGCUGCUGCGUGAGCAAAAUCAAAAGUGCAAUCAACAAUUGGAAUUAUUGAAAAACUACAUAGCCAAUCAAUCGAAUAGACAUAGUGUCAUAGGACCCGUUCGCAAUAGUUUAAGUUUAGAUGUCCAAGAGUUUGCCGCUUCCAAAGAGAAUCGACGCCGCAGCGAAAGUCUAGAUACGCAGGAGAUUAUAAAUCGCCCCCUAACCGCCUCAUAUCCACAUCACCAGCAUCGUCGCAAUCUCUCCAUGGAGCCCACAGAGUUAGAACGUAAUCUGGUGGCGGCCGUUGAUGGCCUCACCUUGGCCCCUUUAGCUAGCAUAUCAAACAAAUCAUCUUCUUCCGGUGGGGCCAUCAAAAAUGGUCGACCCGAUAGUUCGGACACGGAUACGGCACAUGAUUAUGCUGAAAUCUAUACGCCAUCAUGUGAGAAAAUGCCCGCUUGGAUGAAAAAUAAUCCAGCGUUAAUGGCCAGUGGUGGUACAAGUACCACAACAACAACCAGUGAAAUGGGCGGAGUACCAAGGCCACCAACACCACCGUUACAUCGUUUCCCCUCGUGGGAGGCCAAAAUUUACCAAGUGGCCAAUGAUGGUUUGGCGGGUGCAUCCGAAAAUGGCACCGCCAGCCGUGAUAGUCAUGCCCAGCCACCACCACCACCGGAUAUUCAGGAAUCCACAAGUGGUGCCAACAGUCACUCGAAUACCUUAAAUAAUGUCGGACAUCAUGGACGACAUACGCCUGCUUCGUUAAAUGAUGGUGCAACGCCUGGUACACCACAAAUGCCGACAAGGCAACAGCAAACAGCCAGUGGUGGCUUCUGUGAUAUAUCGGUGCCCGUUUAUGCUACCGUGAAGGGGCGCGCUUCUCAAAUACGUUCCAUGCCUUUUACCGGCGAUUCAUCGGAUGACUCCAGCGAUGGUGAAGAUCAUGCCGUUAUGCUUACCCACAAUUCACACAAUUCAUCGAGUACAGACAAUACGGAAACCUCAACUUCCGGUAGUGCUUCCAGUCCUUCGAAAAGUUGUAAAACUUCAUCAUCCCUAAGUCCGGCAAAACGUAGCGGUUCUGAAAGUCCUAAAAACACCAAAGCAAGAGGUAUGUUUUUCGAGAUCAACCCCUCACACAACAACCCCACAAAUGUCCAACAUCAUCACACAAUGCCCCUACCCCAUAAUCAUCUAAAUCCCAAUCAUAAUUCCCAUUUGAGUUCAAAUAAUACGGUUGCGCUCAUGCGCAAAUCACCGUCACAAACCAAUCCAGCACAAUAUCAGAGAAACUCGUCGUCUGCCAACAAUCAUCAUCUACGUAUCCCUCAUCCAAUGCGUGGCACAGUAAUUUCAGAUAUUUCCUUUGAAUCAGGCCUAUCCGAUGAUUAUGCUCUACCACCAGAUGCUGUGUCGGAGUCAACAUGUCCCAUGGAUGCUAGUAUGCCAUCGCUGCUAAUGCGACAAUCGUAUGUGGAUUCGCCCAGCAAGAAAUUGGAAUCGUUGGAAAAGGCUGGCCAUUUGGCGAAAUUAGGUGGCAAACUGAAAACAUGGCGCAAACGUUGGUUUGUUUUGAAAAAUGGCACCCUCACCUAUUGGAAGAGUCAACACGAUGUCAAUCGUAAGCCUCAGGGACAGAUAAUGCUGGACGAGGCCUGUCGCAUUAGCAAAGCAGAGGGAGCAUCAACUUUCGAAAUUGAUACAGGUAAAAAGGUCUAUUAUCUCACUGCCGAUUCAAAUGCCACCAUGGAUGAUUGGAUACGAGUAUUGCAAAAUGUGCAAAGGAGAAAUGCCACUAAACUGCUGCUAAGUAGAGAAGAUCAGAAGCCUACACUGCAAGGAUGGGUAACCAAGGUUAAAAAUGGUCAUGCCAAGAAAUGUUGGUGUGUGCUAUUGGGAAAAAUGUUUUUGUAUUUCAAAGCGCCCAAUGAGACGAAUCCCUUGGGUCAAAUCAAUAUGCGUGAUGCUCGUGUGGAAGAAGUGGAACAUGUUUCUGAUUCCGACUCCGAAGAACGUGAGGAUCCCCAAAGUCAAGCCCAUUUAACAGUGGCCAUUUAUCCAGCCCACCAAGGCCCCACAUAUUUGAUAUUGCCCGGCAAGGCGGAAAGAGAUAACUGGUUGUAUAAUCUUACGGUGGUGUCGGGUGGUGGACCCAGUGCUGGCACACAAUAUGAGCAAUUGGUGCAAAAACUCAUGGAAACCGAUGGAGAUCCUAAUUGUGUUAUUUGGCGUCAUCCUAUUUUACUACACACCAAAGAUACCAUUACCGCUCCCAUGUGUACUUUACACACUGAAGCCAUGCAUCCGGAAGCCAUUAAACUAUUUAAGAGCAUUCAGUUGUUCAUGUCUGUGGCCGUCAAUCAACCUGGCAUCGAUUAUCAUGUGGUCUUGGCCCAAAAUGCUUUACAACAUUGCCUGGAUAUGCCCGAAUUACAUUCGGAAAUGAUUUGCAUUUUAAUCAAACAAACAUCCCGGCACACGGGCCAAAAGCUUAGUGUUGGCGUCCAGGUAAACAAGAAACUGGGCAAGCAGACGCGCCAACUACUACUAUGUGCCACGCAAAGUCUAUUUGCCUGUGAUACUCAGCAAAGUGGUAAUGCUCAAGCAAAUGGCAGUUCACCAACAUCCUUGCAGGCUCCUGUACCUCCCCCCAUAAUAGACUGCAAAUCCAAUCCUCCCGCCUAUUCCUUCGUCCAGGGCUGGCAACUUUUAGCCUUAGCUGUUUCUUUAUUUGUGCCCAAGUCCAGCCGUUUAUUGUGGUAUUUAAAAUUACAUUUAUCUCGCAAUGCUGAUACAAAAACCGAAACUGGCAAAUAUGCUGCCUACUGUGAACGAGCUUUGGAGAGAACCCUGAAAAAUGGGGGUCGCGAAACAAAACCCUCACGCAUGGAAGUCUUAUCGAUAUUAUUGAAGAAUCCUUAUCAUCACUCAUUGCCCCAUGCCAUACCAGUACAUAUGAUGAACUCAACUUAUCAGGUUGUUUCAUUCGAUGGCUCCACCACCAUAGAAGAAUUCCAAAGUACUUUGGCCCAGGAAAUUGGCACACGGGAUGCCUCAAAUGGUUUCUGCCUCUUCAGCGAUGAUCCCAUUGAAAAAGACCUGGAACAUUAUCUCGAUCCCAUGGCCAAAUUGUGUGAUGUCAUCUCAAAAUGGGAAACAGCGUUGCGCGAAAAGGGUUCGGGUAAAUUUGAGAAUACACGCGUCAUUCAGCUGACCUACAAGAAUCGUCUGUAUUGGAAGCAUACCGUGAAAUUUGAAACCGACAAGGAACGUCUGUUGCUGUGCUAUCAAACCAAUAGUCAAAUUGUUCAAGGUCGAUUCCCAUUAUCGCGCGAUUUAGCUUUGGAAUUGGCUUCACUUAUGGCCCAAAUCGAUAUGGGCGAUUAUUCGCAUGAAAAGUCCAAGAGUGCCACCACAAAUGUGGGCAUCAAGGCAUUGGAUAAAUUCUAUCCAUAUCGUUAUCGUGACGCUUUGAAUCCGGAACAAUUGAAGGAUAUACAGGAGUCUUUGAUAACGAAAUGGAUAUUGCUGAAGGGGCGCAGCACUUUGGAUUGUGUACGCAUCUAUUUGACCUGUUGUCGUAAAUGGCCAUAUUUCGGUGCCAGCCUCUUCCAAGCUAAACCCAGGCACUCUGAACAGGCUAUGGCCUGGUUGGCGGUGUCCGAAGAUGCUUUGAAUGUUUUGGAAUUGUCUACUAUGGCUCCGCUGGCCAGAUAUCCCUAUACGACUGUGAUGACUUUUGGUGGCUGCCAAGAUGACUUUAUGCUGGUGGUUUCAAAUGAGGAUACUUUGGCAUCCUGUGGCUCUCAUGAGCAGAAAUUGCUAUUUGCCAUGUCCAAGCCCAAGAUAUUGGAGAUUACCUUGCUAAUAGCGGAUUAUAUGAAUGCCUUGGGCCAUACGGUGCCUGGAACUCCGCAUAUGAACUCGCUGACUCGCAAUGGUUCGCAUAGAUCAUUGAGAUCAAGACCAGCAGGUGGCACAGGAGCCACCACAGUGGGUGGCACCUUGUGCGGAAAUACCACAGCGGGCAUGUCCACCAAUGCCACCACCACCGCCCAUAAUACAUUAAACUCACAUGCCACACAUACGCUGAAUUCAAAUCACUCGCACACCUUAAGUUCCUCUCACUACAGUGGUGAUCAUGGUGGAGGCGGUGUUGGCGGCACCAGAUCGCAGGGUGGCUCACACCAAGGCACACUGAACUCCAUGCACAGUCAAAAUCAUCAUCAUCAGCAUCACAAUCCUCAUCAGCCGGAUAUCUUAAAGAGUACCCCCGAUCAUCAGAGAAUCAAAUAGAGAACGAGGAAACCUUGUAUAUAAAAGCAGAUAUUUUAAGAACAAAGAGACUUUUUUGAAAAAAGAUAUGCCUAAAAGUAGGCAUGAAAAACCAACAACUUUUUUAGGAAAACCUUAUAACCAAAUAACAAAUUUUUUUAUAAACAGCAAAACGAACACACGAAGAACCGCGAUAACACAACAUAAACACCAUGUAUAUAAGUAGUUUAUAAGUGAUCUAAAAAAAAGUGAUUCACAUUGAUAGAAAGUCGAAAUUUAAAAAAUAGAAGAGUAACCAAAAAUAUAAACCCUAAGAUAGGAAUACAAAAUUAAAAACAGUUAAAAGUUUUCAAAAAGAAAAGGAAUGUUUGUUUAUAUAUAUUUUUUUAUUUUGUUUUAGUUAAAGAAAAAAGUAGUUUGUUCCAAAUUAGUUUUUUAUUGUCAUUGAAGCAAGCCCAAAAGUAUACUUCAUUUUAUUACUUUAUUAUAGAAGCUUGAUUUUACAUAAAGUUUUUUUUUC